CGUGAGAGGGCCUUUGCGGUGAGCCAAACACAUUAGCUCAGCAGCGGAAGACUCCGAGUUCUCGGUACUCUUCAGGGAUGAGUCAUGUGGCGGUGGAAAAUGCGCUUGGGCUGGACCAGCAGUUUGCUGGCCUAGACCUGAACUCUUCUGAUAAUCAGAGUGGAGGAAGUACCGCCAGCAAAGGGCGCUAUAUUCCUCCUCACUUAAGGAACAGAGAAGCUACUAAAGGAUUCUAUGAUAAAGACAGUUCAGGGUGGAGUUCUAGUAAAGAUAAGGAUGCAUACAGCAGUUUUGGUUGCCGUAGUGAUUCAAGAGGGAAGUCUAGUUUCUUCAGUGAUCGUGGAAGUGGAUCAAGGGGAAGGUUUGAUGAUCGUGGACGAGGUGACUAUGACAGCAUUGGCAGCCGUGGUGAGAGAGGUGGCUUUGGAAAAUAUGAACGUGGUGGAAACAGUCGCUGGUGUGACAAAUCAGAUGAAGAUGAUUGGUCAAAACCACUCCCGCCAAGUGAACGCUUGGAACAAGAACUUUUUUCUGGAGGCAACACCGGGAUUAACUUUGAAAAAUACGAUGACAUUCCAGUUGAGGCAACAGGCAACAACUGUCCUCCACACAUUGAAAGUUUCAGUGAUCUUGAGAUGGGAGAAAUUAUUAUGGGAAACAUUGAGCUUACUCGCUACACUCGUCCAACUCCAGUGCAAAAGCAUGCUAUUCCUAUUAUCAAAGAGAAGAGAGACUUGAUGGCUUGUGCCCAAACAGGGUCUGGAAAAACUGCAGCAUUUCUCUUGCCCAUCUUGAGUGAGAUUUAUUCUGAUGGUCCAGGCGAGGCUUUGAGGGCCAUGAAGGAAAAUGGAAGGUAUGGGCGCCGCAAACAAUACCCAAUCUCCUUGGUGUUAGCACCAACUAGAGAAUUGGCUGUACAGAUCUAUGAGGAAGCCAGGAAAUUUUCAUACCGAUCUAGAGUUCGUCCUUGCGUGGUUUAUGGUGGUGCUGAUAUUGGUCAGCAAAUUCGAGACUUAGAACGUGGAUGUCACUUGUUAGUAGCCACUCCAGGACGUCUAGUGGAUAUGAUGGAAAGAGGGAAGAUUGGAUUAGACUUCUGCAAAUACUUGGUGUUAGAUGAAGCUGAUCGGAUGUUGGAUAUGGGGUUUGAGCCUCAAAUACGUAGAAUCGUUGAACAAGAUACUAUGCCACCAAAGGGAGUUCGCCACACUAUGAUGUUUAGUGCUACCUUCCCGAAGGAAAUACAGAUGCUUGCUCGUGAUUUCUUGGAUGAGUAUAUCUUUCUGGCCGUAGGAAGAGUUGGCUCUACCUCUGAGAACAUCACACAGAAAGUAGUCUGGGUGGAAGAGUCAGACAAACGGUCAUUUCUGCUUGACCUUCUAAAUGCAACAGGCAAAGAUUCACUGACCUUAGUGUUUGUGGAGACCAAAAAGGGUGCAGAUUCUCUAGAGGAUUUCUUGUACCAUGAAGGAUAUGCCUGUACGAGUAUCCAUGGAGACCGAUCUCAGAGAGAUAGAGAAGAGGCUCUUCACCAGUUCUGCUCAGGAAAAAGCCCGAUUCUAGUGGCUACAGCAGUAGCAGCAAGAGGACUGGACAUUUCAAAUGUGAAACAUGUUAUCAAUUUUGAUUUGCCCAGUGAUAUUGAAGAAUAUGUACAUCGCAUUGGCCGUACAGGACGUGUAGGAAACCUUGGCCUUGCCACCUCAUUCUUUAAUGAGAGGAACGUAAAUAUUACCAAGGAUUUGUUGGAUCUUCUUGUUGAAGCUAAACAAGAAGUGCCAUCUUGGUUAGAAAACAUGGCUUAUGAACAUCACUACAAGGGUAGCAGUCGUGGACGAUCCAAAAGUAGUAGAUUCAGUGGAGGAUUUGGUGCCAGAGACUAUCGACAGAGUAGUGGUGCCAGCAGUUCCAGCUUCAGCAGCAGCCGCACCAGCAGCAGCCGCAGUGGUGGAGGCGGCCAUGGCAGCAGCAGAGGGUUUGGUGGAGGUGGCUAUGGAGGCUUUUACAACAGUGAUGGAUAUGGAGGAAAUUAUAACUCCCAGGGGGUUGACUGGUGGGGUAACUGAACCUGCUUUGCAGUAGGUCACCCUGCCAAACAAGCUAAUAUGGAAACCACAUGUAACUUAGCCAGACUAUACCUUGUGUAGCUUCAAGAACUCGCAGUACAUUACCAGCUGUGAUUCUCCACUGAAAUUUUUUUUUUAAGGGAGCUCAAGGUCACAUGAAGAGUUGAAAGGAACAAUCAGCAGCCCUGUUCAGAAGGUGGUUUGAAGACUUCAUUGCUGUAGUUUGGAUUAACUCCCCUCCCAACCCCCAUCCCAAACUGCAUUUAUAAUUUUGUGACUGAG